AUGGGGGCGAUACCGUUGCCCAUCCACCAAACAAACUCGGAUAACUUCUAUGCUUCAGCAUUGAAAGAGCUCGAGAGUCUCGAGUCGCAGCCUCUCUGCCAUCGAAUUGCGGCCCGACUGCUCGUCAACAACUGCCACUUGCUUCACGGCCAAGACGAAACGGCCGAGCUUGCCAACACCGGGCGACUGACGCGGGACUUUGUCGACUCCUAUGCUGCUGGACUGGCACUCUGCGACCUGGAGCGAGGAAACUUUGUGAUUCCCAGCGAAUGCACAAAGUUUCGCGAACAGGCUCUCUCAAGAAUCGAAAUCGCCCAAACGCCCCGUCUACAUGUCUCCACGGUCGAGAUCGACAAGUGUCUGGAAGGGUUGGCACAGUCAGACUCGUCGUGGAAUACGUGGAUUAGCUACAGGCACAAGGCUGUGCGCUUUUGCGAGAUUGCAAAGUCGGACAGCGACAAAGAUUCGACGAUUUAUGUACACAAAAAGAUCACGGAGAUUAUAGCAAGGUUUUCAGACAAGGUGCAAGUGCAAGUCGAAGAGCAGCUACAGAGAGUCGAGCAGUUGAUGAAGAGGACAACCGAGGCGGCUGACUCCCUGCUGCCGCGCACCGAGUCGCUCAAGUCCCAGAUUAACGGUCUAGAUCGCUUACUCAACGAGAAGGUCAUGGCCGUUUCAAAAUCCGGACUUGAAGACGCUACACAGUUACACAACAUUGUCCAGGCCAUGCUUGAAUCCAUUCGCCAAAAUCAGGCGCAAAUAAUCAUGGAGCAUAGCAACUCUUUGCAAACAGUUCGAAAAAAUGUGUUUGAGGGAGUUGAAACCAUGAUGGCAACAAUUGCUACCGCCUCCUCCUCCUCGGUUCGGCUGCAAACUCAGCUGGAAGAAACUGCGCUUAGAGCUGACAUGGUUAUAAAAAAGCAAAGUAUACUUGAAGAGAGCCUCGAUCAUCUUCAAAAGGUUUCGCUCGAAAUGUUCCGCUCGCACAGCAACUACCGAGAGGAGCUUGAUUCCGCACACACUUCUUUAAUGGGUAUCAUGGGGGUAUUGAAGGGCGUCGAAUUUUCUACAAGUCGAAUUCAGAGCUCUCUUUUAAGCAGAAAGAGUUGGACCUGGUGGCCACACAUCAUCUGCCCUGUCGCAUCACUUUUUCUUGGCUCUUACAGGUUGGCACCUUCGAUUGCGCGGAACCUCUUGCUCCUGGGAUUAGGCGAGAUUGCUGGCUUGACCAUUUCGGCCGCUCAAGAUGACGCGGCGAUCCCAUUCAUUCACACUGUGCUACCAAGUAUUCUCAAGACCAAAUCCAACGACACGACGCAAACGAUUUACGAAUAUGAAGAUUAA